UCUGAGAGCACGGGCGCGUAUUUCAUAAUACUGGCAGAGGCGCUCCUAGAGCUGGAUCCGAUCGGGAAACGGUUUAUCUCAGGCGUUCGGAUUAUGCGUUUGAGGAUCUCUAUCAAAUGUUACAUGACGAGCUGAGAGAGAUAUGGCCGCACAAGGACUGUUAAGCAGUGUUUUCUCUUGCUCGUUAAGCCCUAAAAGCAUUUCCAAGAAGAAACUGAGGCAGACCAGGAGUUUGGAUUCAACUUUAUUGCGGCACUGUGGUACCGAAUCUGAGGAGGCUCCGUAUAAGGGGGACAUCACCUGGAACACAUCGUUAGGACCCAGUGUUUGCCUAAAGCCGGUCGCACUGCAAAGCCUAUCAGAACUGGAGAGGGUCCGUCUUCAAGAAGUUGCCUUCAGGCGACUGAUUCGGUGUCAUGACCUGGGCUGCCACAUUGCUAUUCCAAAAUAUGGCCACAAGCACAAGAAGUCUCUUAAGAAGAAGUUGGAUUCUUUAUCCAAGGAAAAGAACAGAGACAAAGAGACUACGCCGCUGGCGUUCGGCAUACCACUGUCGCACGUCAUAACCAAUGACCGUGUUCACAAGCUGCGACAUGACCCCCUGCGGGAGGAGCACAGUAACCCCACUGAAUUGAUGCUAUCCUUCCUUCACCUGUACUCUAGCUUCAAAAGGUCUAACAAAGAGCUCUCCAGCAGCAACUCCUCCCUGAGCUCCACCCCUGAGAGUCAUAAUGAAUCUCCCUUGCCCAGCACGCCAGAAACAGCCUCAAGAACAUCCAGGAGGGGUGGAGUGUCUGUGGAUUGCAUCACUGACCUUGAUGAUAACCAGUCUCGGCUCUUGGAGGCCCUUCAGCUGUCUCUGCCAGACGAGGCAGCUGGGAACAGGAAGAAAACCAGCGACAAAAAGCUCAGCCUUAACCCUAUUUACAGACAGGUGCCAAGGAUAGUUGAUCUCUGCUGCCAGCACUUGGAAAAAAAUGGCCUGCAAACAGUUGGAAUUUUCCGUAUCGGGAGUUCCAAGAAGAGAGUACGACAGCUUCGUGAGCUUUUUGAUCAGGGGUGGGAAGUGCAUUUUAAUGAGGAGCACUGCGUCCAUGAUGUCGCUGCUUUGUUGAAGAAAUUCCUCAGAGACCUGCCUGACCCCCUGCUGACGAGAGAACUCUACACAGCUUUCAUCCACACAAUGAUGCUGGAUUAUGCCCAACAACAAAGCGCCAUCCAGCUCCUUAUAUAUCUACUUCCUCCCUGCAACAGCGACACACUGCAGCGCCUCCUCAGCUUAUUGUCCACCGUGGCCUCACACGCUGAAGAUGGCCUAGACACAGAGGGACGGAAGGUUCCAGGAAACAAGAUGAAUUCACGCAAUUUAGCUACCAUCCUCGGUCCCAACCUGUUACACAAGCAAAAGACCUCAGACAAAGAGUUUGCUGUUCAGAGUUUUGCUCAUGCAGAGGAGAGUACAGCUAUCAUCAGUGUUGUCCAAAGGAUGAUUGAUGCCUAUAAUAUGCUGUUUAUGGUUCCUGCAGAUCUUCAGAAUGAGGUGCUGAUUAGUUUGCUUGAAACCGAUUCUGAUGUUGUGGAAUAUUUGCUUCGAAAAAGAGUUUCUCAAUGCUCGGAUUCAGGCAUACUAAGACCAGAAGACUCAUUUUCUCUGAAUGAGAGUUGCAUGUCCAGUGACUCCCUUAAAGCAUCCAGCGGAGAGGUGUCUCCAUAUGACAAUAACUCUCCUGUGUUAUCAGAUCGUCUGUUACUUAAAGACACAGAGGAAAGCAGUUUGAACUCCGAUAAGGAGCUCAUACGCCACAGGCAGUACAAACUAAGUGACCAUUCCAAAGAUGGAUCAGGAAGCAUUUCUCCAACCCCUUCUAUUGAUAAAGAUGCCUCAGCUGAUUGUUUCUGGGACACCUGGCACGAACUGUUUGGGAAGGACUUUAUUAGCCAUCACAUUACCGGCUCCUUUGGAGAUGCCUCAGAAUGUGAUUCGUAUGGAUCGUCAGAGGGACUGAGUAGUCACCAAGGCAACAAGCUGCCCGUCAGAGCAACACAAACAUCAUUGGGCGUCUCAGAGAGCAGACCACACCUCCCAGUGACUUACUGCAGCAGUGGUCCUCAUGACCACAGGGAGCAGAUGCAGCCAGAAUCAUUGUUACAUCAGUCACAGAGCAGCCAAUCAGGGUCUAUUAGCACAGACAGCUCAGCACAAAGGACAGGACGUCCUCAAUGUCCAUUAUUUAUGGACAGAACAGAGGGUUUGUCUCCUCGAUUGUGUUCUAGACCUUUAAAAGAAACUUCCAUUUCUCAAUGCAGUUUCUGUUCAGAACCAUCAUCCUGAUGCACAAUCACUUCUGCUCCCCCAGCAGAGCCCUGCCCUACUGACUGUAGAUUCAACAGAGAAGAAAACAAGGUCUGACUGCUCAAACCUGUAGACAGACAAGUGGCACAUGUUGCAGAUGAUGUCAAGUAAAAAAAUCUGAAUCCUACAGAGGAAGUGUGGUGUGAUUGUACCUUAACAGACAACAGGUCAUAUGGUUACCGUUUAUUUAUGUGCUGUUGAAAUCAACUCAUGUUUAUCUUUUAAUAUUCUUAUUUUUUAGAGUUUUUUGAAGGAUUACUUUUUAAUGUUGUUUUCCAUUAUUUUAUUGUUUCUCAAUGUUUUGUAUAGAUAUUUAAUAUAGAGAUUGUUUUUAUUUCAACCUUAAAAAAAUGUGUAGACCUUAAAAACCACAAAUACAGUACUGUGAAAAAUUAUAUGCCCCCCUCUAUAAUCAAUCAAGACUUGAAGGCCUUAAGAUUGUCCAACAGUUUCUAAUAUCAUAGAUGACCUGAAUUAAUACAAAAAGCUGCUUUUAAAUAACCAUUUUUUACAUAAUCAGCAAAAUGAAUGGUCCUAUUUGAAAAAGUAGAUGAACCUCUUGUAAAUAUUGAAUUAUGUGAUAUGAACCUCAAUUUGUGGACGCUAAGGUUCAGUUUCAUUAGCCAUACAUAGGCCUUUUUACCACCUUUCUUAUAGAUUCAGAAAUCACUUAAAUACAACCUGUGUGACAACAUGAAAAAAGCUUUAUUUUUUAACUAAAUAAAAUCUAAUUAUGGUCUCACCUGCUUGCUGCUGUGUUGAGGGCUGAGGGUUUGGUAUGGGCAGUGGGACUAGGUCCCAUGCUCACCCUGCACGUCUGGUGAUGGUGGUGUGAUUGAAUCAAGGCUCAGUGCCAAUACCUCUCAGCCUGUGAUUCUUUGGCCUGGAAGCUGCUACACCUGUGCAUCGUUUAUAGCCUACCCUUCGCCUAUUGCUGCCUUGAGGUGACUUGCUGGCUUGUGUCUGUCUUCAAAGAGCUGCUGCAAUCUUCCAUAUCUGGUCCAAAGAUCCGUUGCUGUCCUUGAGUUCUAUGUGAUGAAGGCCUUCUAACCUAAUGCAUUUUCACCUAAAGGGAGUAAACUUGCUUACAUACAUCCACUUAACACAAAUAUGCUGAUCACCCACAUACUGUACACACAACCCCAUGCACAGACACACAAAUACUUCAAAUGGCUGAAGCUCAUAUAAACACAGGUUACUAUUACAUCAAUGUGGACUGCUUACUUUUAAGAUUGACCCAGUCUUGAUUUCAUAAAAUUAAUCAUGGAAUCAAACAUUUGUCUAUAUAUAUAUAUAUAUAUAUAGUAUAAAGUAUGUAUAUAUAUAAGUAUAAAGUAUGUCUACAGUACAGCGCCGCAGUUGGACAUCUUGCAUGGAAAUGAAUUAUUACGCAAGCUGGGUGUAUCUAAGCCAUUAGUUAAUAUAUGCAGUAUAACCAGCAAUCAGUUCAGUAUUUGAUUAAAUGAAUACAUUUUCUUUUGCAUCUGAUUCUUAUUUGAGAACUCAACUUCAUCUUUAUCCUUGAUUCUCCUCUGUGAUGAACCCUUCCACUCUUUUAUUGUGGCCCGGGAGACAGUAGCAGCUUUGCAUUUGUCAGGCAGCCAACACCAUACAGCUACGUGACCUUUGUUUAGACAGAUAGACAGGUAGGUGUCACUCUGUGCUCACACCAUGUCGCUCAUCCAGGAUAAAUCUUUCAAAUCUCGGCUCAAGGAUGAUCACCUUGGUUAUGCUUAGAAAAACACAUGGUGCCUACCAGCUUUAUCAAAACAACAGUUUUAUUGAUUUGAAUCUCUGCUAGCCCAGAGUAAAAUACACUCUCCUGAAAAAAAAGCUGUCAAAUACAAAUCAAAGAGGACUUUGUCUUGAGUUGGAUUAAAUUAAAACAAAGUUGAAAAAGUUCUUAGG